CGGCCAUUCGUUCAUUGUAAAUAUCAUUCAGUCGCGCUCGUAAUAUGAGUGGAGGUGUAUGUGUCGUAUGUAUCAAAAAAGUCCGACAAAAUAAAUUUUAUAAAUAAUUAACCAAUACAUAGAUCAAUCUUAUCACUGAAACUGAAAUAGUUUUUAAAUACAAUUCGUAUAAUGUGACUUUGCAAGGGGGAACAAUGCGAUACAGUGCAUGUCCUACAUUAAAAGUGCAGGCUAAAGUUCCGAAAGAAAGUUUUUGUUAGUGUUUUUUUUUUGUUCGGAAGAUGUACGCCGUGGACUCGAGAUUACUGUUGUUUCUGAACAUUUUAUUGUUCGUACAUGGUGAUGUGAGUGAUAAUGAAGUGAACGAACAUUCUUUGGAGUUGACCCAGUCGUUGAAUCUGGCUCGGCAAGAGCUUAUACAGGAAACUUGCAGACGGUUUCCCCCGAGAUGGGGGCUAGAUGAAUUACCGCGUAACCAACUUGAGCACGUUUUGGUUGACCAUAACCGCAAGUUGCUAUACUGCUAUGUGCCAAAGGUGGCCUGCACAAAUUGGAAAAGAAUCCUCAUGAUACUGGCUGGCAAAUGGAAUGACACGGAUGUCCUGUCAAUACCGGCCAGUUUGGCACAUACACCAGGAAUGUUCCGGAACCUUAGCACAUUCCCAAAACAGGAUAGGGAUUAUAUGCUUGAAAAUUAUCAUAAAAUGAUAAUAGUGAGGAAUCCGUUUGAAAGACUGCUGUCUGCAUUUAGAAAUAAGUUGGAGGGUGAUACUCAAAGUGCUAAGUAUUUUCAGGACCGCGUCGGUCGCAGGAUCAUCAAAGCGUUCAGAGAGAAUCCGACGAACGAAUCUCUCGAAUUAGGAAAUGACGUCACGUUCAAAGAGUUCGCCCUGUUCCUGACGAACAAGUCCGAGGAGUUGGCAGACGUCGUCAACAAUGAACACUGGCAGCCAAUAACCAACCUGUGCCAUCCGUGCCUCAUCAAGUACACUUUAGUUGGUAAAUACGAGACGUUAAUAGACGACUCGUUGCUAGCCCUGCACACGAUCAACGCAUCGCAUAUACCGUUCCCGCGGCUCGCGCACACGUCGGGCACUUCCGAGAAGCUCUACACUUACUUCUCCCAGCUCGACCUGCCGCUCAUCAGGCGGCUGUACAAAAUGUACAAGCAUGACUACAGAAUAUUCAACUAUGAUCUUGACAAUAUCGUCGGAUUUGAUUUGGGGUAACGUAAGACGUCGGAAUGUAUACUUGAUUCCUUAGUCUAUGAAACAGUAAUAAAAAUUGUGCGGUUCUUAUUUCGAUUUUUAAAUUUUAUAACGGUUUGUCGUUUUUGAAAAAAGAAUUGUAUGAUUUUUUUUUUGCAUAUUCACUUUUGUUUAUUUCUCAGCUUUAGUUUGCUCUGUUGCAAUUCUAAGUACCUUUAACGUCUUGAAAUACUGCAAAGAUCUUUAUUUUUCGGCGUAAAGUACAAUAUCUGAUGUAUUUAUGUAAUCAAAGUUAACUUGAAGGCGGUUUGAUUGAUAUUACGUCGUAAAACAUAUGCUAUUCAUUUUAAAAUAAAGUAUUAGUCAUAGCCGAACUUGAUUCCAAUUACUUUGAAGUUCAUAAUGUACAUAGUGACUGAAAAGUACAGUCGGCCACAAAUAUAGCCGAAAAAAGAAAAAAAAAUGUAAUCACAUUUUUUUGUUCCUAUCAACAAUGGUUUUCCUCUAUUGAAAAAAACUUGAAAGGGUUUACUUUAUUUUAUAUAAAAAAAGAUUAUUUAUUAUUGAAAUAUUCUUUUUUUUCCAUAAUUAUGUGGUUUCGUUUUGUAACGCCAUGUCAAAAUAACCCUGUAUAAAAUCCUUAUAAAUACAUUAUUUUGGAGUUGCAAGUAACGGAUAUAAGAUUACGUGACUUCGUAUCGCGACGUGAAAUAUGUUUUAAGUACUGACCAAAAUCAUGCAUCAAGUACAGUUAAUCCCAGUCGUAAAGAUAUUGCCGGCUUAUCUCGUCGCCAUGUGAUAUAUUUUGUAUUUAGGUAUGAUUUCGCGGACUUUAUCCGUUUUCAAUUUAUACGAUCGUUUUGAAGUA